AUGCCUUUGUUUUCCAAUCGAUUUUCAUACAAGAAGUUUCCGUCCCGUAAACUGAAGCCAUUGUCGUCACUGCACAGAGAGUUGUCUCAAUCGCUUGACUUUAAUGCCGACAAUGAGUCCAUUAAACUUGAAUUAGGAAAACAAUUGCUAACAUUUGACACAAAAUCUGGUCAAUGGAUUCAAUCGGAUGAUCGUAAAGAUAAAGACAUUAGCGAUAAAACUAAAGAAUUGGAAACAAUGAAUGAAUUGUUAACUCAAGAAAACAGAAUUUUAAGACUUAAAGUCGAAAUUCUCAUUCAAAUGGUAACAGAAGCCACAGCUGAACUGCAACUUUAA